AAGUUCCAGGUUCCAAAGUCAACAAACUGCCACUGUCUUAAGAUGAAGGAUCCUAUCAGCACCUGCUGUUACAACCAGCUGUAUCAAAAGGUGAAAAGACUUUCAAAAAAUGGGGAGCACUUCUGCAAAGAACUUAUGACAGUUUUUCAGCAAAGGGCUGAGCUGGAGCUAAAUUAUGCUAAAGGACUACAAAAACUCGCUGGCAAACUCAUCAGGGCCUCCAAAGGAAUGUCAAUCAAUUCCACCUACAGCGCCUGGUGUCAUGUGUCAGAUGAGAUGUACUCAAGAGCAGACGCCCACAGAUCAUUAGGAAACGCAUUUCAUCAAGAGGCCAUUCUGGAAAUGCGACAAGUCUUAGACGAGCACAAUAAGAGGAAGAGGCCUCUUGACAGCGCCAUCGAAAGAGCUGGAAAGCUUGUUACUGUUAACUGGAGUGAGCAACUGAAGAUGAAGAAGAAACUGGUUGGACUAACAAGAGAGCACGAAGAUUUGUUCAACUUUGUUGAGAACAACAAGCAGAUUUGCACAGAGAAAGAAAAACAAAAGAUGCUGAACAGGCUGACGAAGUCGGCGGAGAUGCAGGCGCGGUCGGAUGAGGAGUACUUUAAAAUCAACAUGGAGGGUCAUCAGAUGAGACUCAAGUUGGAAAACACACUAAAAGCCUGCUACCAGAUCAUCCAGGAGUUGGAGAAACAGCGAAUUGAAGUACUAUGCAACAUUCUGAACAGACACAUCCUCCACAUUUCCAGCUUUGGACAGACCAUCAAACACGGCCAACGACAGAUAGAAGAGGUGGUCCAAAAGGUGGACAUGGAUAAAGACAUACAAGCUCUGGAGGAGGAAAACAGGAUCACAACUGAGGAUAACACAGCAGAGUUUCUGAUGGUUGAUUAUUUUGAGGAGGACCACAAAUCACUGAUGGACAAAAACCGAAGAAAAGAGGCCAUCAAACUCAAACUCCAGCGUCUGGACGACAGCAUUACAAAGGCAAAGAAAGAUCGUGAAGGAGUUGAAAAGCUGAUGAAGACGUACUCUGAAAAUCCAUCUUUUUCAAACCAAAAGAACCUGGAGGAAACCGAACAGCAGCUUGACGAGUAUACUUUAAAACUGGAUCUCCUCGAGGCCACUCACUACAAACUCUCUGCUUCUUUGUCUGAAUUGGAAGGGACACCAGUGUCUUUUUGCCGAUUUAGAGACAGCAUUGUGAAAUGGAAAGACAAGGACUGUGAGCACAGUUUGGUUCAACUGACUCGUCCAGUGAAACUCAGGAAGAACCCGUUCAGGUCCCGACAGUCACUGCGAGCUUCCAUCAUUUACAAAGGGCCUGCUCAGUUCGUGACGCAGCAGUCGGUGGAGGCUGCACCCGGCGCCGCUGACCAAACCGCAACACACGAGACCGUGGUCGUAGAGUGCGACAGCACCGUUAACGAAGUCCUGCCUCACUCUGAUGACGACAAAGAACAAGGUCAAAUAACACAAGAGACAUCCAGCGUAGGACAAUGCAAGGCCCUGUACAACUUCACAUCCCAAGAAGAUGAUGAACUGACUUUGAAAGAAGGAGAUCUUCUGGACAUUUACAUAAAAGAAGACAACGGUUGGUGGUUUGGCGAGCUCAACGGGAAGAAAGGCCAUUUCCCAUCAGCUUAUGUGGAGGAGCUGCCCGUGUUGACCGAAGUCCAAUCAUCUGAUGCCUGAUUGACUUCAUUCAUGUAACAGCAAAAAUCAAAACUUCACAACCGAAUCAAACAGAUAAAUGUCUGUUGUGCCAUACAUUUAAUAUCAACACCUGGAAGCCUCAUGACAACUAAAAAUACAAAUUCUGUGUUUGUACUGACUGAUGAUAUCCAGCACUUUAAGACGGUUAAUAAAAACAAAAGCAGACAUGUU